UGCAUUCCCAUACAAACUAGGUUUUUGCAGUCUCCCAUGUUAAUUUCACACUAGUAUAGGUUUAGUUUGGUACUGUACUAGUUGCAGAAGAAACAGUAAAGUAAACCAAUGUUGCGUCUUCUUCUUCUCCCUCUUCUGUUUUUGUUAUUAUGUCCCUCUGGUGUAAACUCCUCAUCCUCCUCCACCCCCACCAAGAUCGGCAAAGGUUACCGUCUGAUAUCCAUCGAGGAGACUCCUGAUGGCGGAUUUCUCGGUCAUCUCCAAGUCAAGCAGAAGAACAAUAUAUACGGCCCUGACAUCCCUCUCCUCCAGCUCUAUGUCAAGCACGAGACCGAUGACCGCUUGAGAGUCCACAUAACCGACGCGGAGAAGCAGAGAUGGGAGGUCCCGUACAAUCUGCUACCGAGGCAGCCAGCGCCGGUAUUGAAGCAGACCAUUGGGGGAUCCAGAAAGAAUCCGAUAACGGUGUCGGAGCUUUCAGGUUCUGAGUUAAUCUUUAGUUACGUAACUGACCCGUUUGGGUUUGCCGUGAAAAGAAAAUCAACGGGGCAGAUUCUUUUCAACUCGAGCUCUGAUGGAUCAGACCCAUUUGGUGAAAUGGUGUUUAAAGACCAAUAUCUCGAGAUUUCCACCAAAUUGCCUAAAGAUGCUUCACUAUAUGGACUGGGAGAAAACACACAGCCCCAUGGAAUCAAACUGUAUCCAAACGAGCCUUACACACUCUACACUAUGGAUAUAUCCGCCAUUAAUCCCAACACUGAUUUGUACGGCUCUCAUCCGGUGUACAUGGAUCUUAGAAAUGUGGGUGGUCAAGCUUAUGCGCAUGCGGUUCUGUUGCUUAACAGCAAUGGCAUGGAUGUAUUCUACAGAGGAAAUUCUUUAACUUAUAAGAUAAUAGGCGGUGUUUUUGACUUUUACUUCUUUUCUGGACCCACACCCCUUGGAGUUGUCGAUCAGUACACCCAAUUCAUUGGCAGACCGGCUCCAAUGCCUUACUGGUCAUUUGGAUUCCACCAAUGUAGAUGGGGGUACCAUAACCUAUCUGUGGUUGAAGAUGUUGUUGAGAACUAUAACAAAGCUAAAAUUCCACUUGAUGUAAUCUGGAACGAUGACGAUCACAUGGACGGCCACAAGGACUUUACUCUCAACCCUACUAGCUACCCACGUCCAAAGCUUUUGGCAUUCCUAGACAAGAUACAUAAGAAGGGCAUGAAGUACAUUGUCCUCAUUGAUCCGGGGAUUGCUGUAAAUUCUAGUUAUGGUGUAUAUCAAAGAGCCAUGGCCGAUGAUGUGUUCAUUAAGUAUGAAGGCGAACCCUUCUUAGCUCAAGUUUGGCCAGGUCCUGUUUACUUCCCUGACUUCCUCAACCCUAAAACAGUUGCUUGGUGGGGAGAUGAAAUACGCCGAUUUCAUGAACUUGUACCUGUCAAUGGCCUAUGGAUUGAUAUGAAUGAAGCUUCAAAUUUCUGUUCUGGGAAGUGCAAAAUCCCAAAGGGCAAACAAUGUCCAACUGGGACAGGACCUGGUUGGAUCUGUUGCUUGGACUGCAAGAAUAUCACCAAGACAAGGUGGGAUGAUCCACCUUAUAAGAUAAAUGCUUCAGGAGUCCAAGCACCAAUAGGAUUCAAAACCAUAGCCACUAGUGCAGUUCACUACAAUGGCGUUUUGGAGUAUGAUGCUCACAGUCUCUACGGAUUCUCUCAGGCCAUUGCAACUCACAAGGCCCUUCAAGGGUUGGAGGGCAAGCGACCAUUUAUAUUAUCACGGUCCACAUAUGUUGGCUCAGGCAAGUAUGCUGCCCACUGGACAGGUGAUAACCAGGGAACCUGGAACGAUUUGAAGUACUCUAUAUCUACAAUGCUAAAUUUUGGCAUAUUUGGGGUGCCAAUGGUCGGCUCAGAUAUAUGUGGAUUCUAUCCUGCUCCCACAGAGGAACUUUGCAACCGUUGGAUUGAACUAGGUGCGUUCUACCCAUUCUCAAGGGAUCAUGCAAAUUACUACUCCCCAAGACAGGAACUUUAUCAAUGGGAAUCAGUAGCUGAAUCUGCUCGUAAUGCCCUUGGUAUGAGGUAUAAACUCCUACCUUACUUGUAUACAUUGAGCUACGAGGCUCACACUACUGGAGCCCCAAUUGCAAGGCCGCUUUUCUUCUCAUUCCCAAAUUACCCAGAGUGUUAUGAUUUGAGCACCCAGUUCUUGCUAGGUAGCAGUGUCAUGGUGUCUCCAGUUCUUGAGCAGGGUAAAACCAGUGUUAAAGCACUCUUCCCUCCAGGCACUUGGUACAGUUUAUUCGACAUGACACAAACAAUUACGUCCAAAGAUGGCGUGUAUGUUACCCUUGAUGCACCUUUACAUGUGGUCAACGUGCAUUUGUAUCAGAAUACCAUUCUACCAAUGCAACAGGGUGGAAUGAUUUCUAAGGAGGCAAGAAUGACACCGUUCAGCCUCAUAGUAACCUUCCCAGCAGGGGCAGGUGAUGGGGAGGCUAAAGGGCACAUAUUCAUUGAUGACGAUGAACUCCCUGAAAUGACACUUGGGAACGGAUAUUCGACAUAUGUAGAGUUAUAUGCAACUGUAAACCAGAAGGGAGUGAAGGUGUGGUCCGAGGUUCAAGAGGGCAAGUUUGCCUUGGAUAAAGGAUUAAUUAUUGGUAAGAUCACAGUGUUGGGAUUGGCUGGAAGUGGACAGCCAUCUGCACUCGAGAUUAAUGGAAAUCCUGUUUGGGAUACAUCAAUGGUAAAGGUGAUAUCAUCGAAGCAGACAGUCGUUGAGGAGAUGGAUGUGGGAGAGGGUAAGCAGAGGAGCUUGAUGGUUGAAAUUAAUGGCCUGGAGAUCCCAGUGGGGAAGAACUUUGCUAUGACUUGGCAGAUGAGCAUCAACAGGACGGCAUAAGGAUGUUCAUGCGUCCUACUCUUCGUAGGUUCCUUUUCUAUGUAAUUUCUUGUCAGAUUGUUUAUGGGUUAUGUAAAAUCAAAGGAUGUUGAUUAUGGGAGAGGAGAUGAGUUUUAAAGUUGUGCUCAUCCUUCGUCCAAAUUAGAGAGCGUAAUUUAGAGGCAUCCCGUUAUUGAGUUUAUAGUCCAAAAAUCACUGGUCAAAAUCUUAUUUAAUAACGUAAA